UUACAGGCGGAAAUGUCUUCCCCACAAGAAGAACCACCGUCUGCCGCGUCGGCCAUUCUGUCGUCCGCCUUGUCCUCCGCCGUGUCGGCCGCCAUGGCCGUGGCUAUGGCCGUGGAAGCUAAGGCGGAACUUUCCAAGCUGCUGGAGGAGUGGGAGGAGGCGCAGCGAGGCAGCGCGGAGCAGCUGGUGUCCAGCCUCACGAAAAUCUCUGAGCUGAUUGAACGAGAGACUUCGGAGUAUCACAAAGCAGAUCCAGAUCCGUUUGAUGACCGACAUCCAGGUCGGGCGAACCCAGACGGCAUGCUGGGACAGCUCCUGAAGAUGCUCUUCACGAACAAUAACUUCACGAACGCUUUGUUGGACACGUACAUCAUGACGAGCAGAGAACUGAGCCUCAGAACAGCCGCCUGUCGUCUGCUGCUGGACAUCAUGCCGGGCCUCGAGACCUCCGUCGUUUUCCAAGAGAAGGAGGGGCUGGUGGAGACGUUGUUUGGCUUCGCCCGUGAGGCCGAGCGGCCGCUGUGCGUCUACGCCACAGGGCUGCUGGCCCGAGCCAUGAGCAACCAGGAGGUGGCAGCCGGAUACAGACCCUCGAACUUGCAGCUG